GGGAAAACUUUCAUUUCAAGUGCAGUAAAACGCGAGGAAAGUACGGAACCUCACCUUCUGUCGCUCACAGCCGGAAAACAGCUGACGGGAUAUCUUCUGAAAGAUCACUGACGUCAUCAAUCGCAGCCAUGAAGCCAACAGUAGCUCUAACGCUAGCAGUUCUGUGCACGUUCUACACCAUCGCCACAGCCGCCUCAUUAGCAAGAGCCGAAGCAGACCUUAUGUUCCCACUGACAGGAGACGAUUUAAGAGAAUUAGCAGACAAAGUCGACGCAUACAACGAAAUCCUACUCAUGUUUUCCGGUAGCAGUGAAUUCCAGUCAAUGCUAAAAAGAUCAACCCCUGGUUGUAAACUAUUCAGCGGCUGCGCACAACUGAAGGUCGGACAGGAUGCUCUAUCGCGCGUGCUCGCAGACAGCAAUUCCCGCUUCGGGAGUGGUGGGCCAGGAAAGAGAAGGCGAUCAGUGGACACACCAGCUGAGGACAAGGCGUAGAUGGGAUGCACCUCAAUAAUAGUCCAGGACGAUGCAUUAUAGGCUUGGACAUCCACAAGAUUGCUUCCACCGCAUGCACACACUACAAGCACGUCCGAAUGGCAAAGUUUUGACUCUCCCGCCAUGUUUGUUGUCAAGAGCACAGCGCCCUCUACAACUUGUUUGACUUCCAGCCAAUAGAGCACCAUAAUGACUGCCCGAAAAUUAGAAUGUGGUUGGGGUGUAAUCUGAUCUGGCGCUAGUUUAGUUGGCAACAAAUAUGGCGGUAUGCACUUGCGUUUUAGAGGCUAAUGACUGUAAGCUAUAACUAAAAAAAUCCCACAAAAAAUCCAUCUUGGUCAACCUGAUAAAGCACCAGCAUAUAAUUUGCUUCAAAACUAUGUUGAACAAAAACGAGACGGUUUAUGAUAAAUCAGUAAUUACAACACUAAAAAAAAAAAUGAUAAUAACUGUAUAUAAGUCUAAUCUGUUGAAAUUCAGAUCAUAUUAAAGAACAGAUAUAUAACAUUGAAGAAAAUUAUAACUUGGAGUAUUAAAAAUAUCUACUAACAUUCCUUUCUUCAGUAGAUGCUUACUACAAAAAAUAAACUGCCAAAAUCUUGAGCGUUAUGUUUAACACCACUAGAUACAUUUUACCGAUGUAGGCUACAUUUGCGGAUAAAUAUACAUGAGAUGGAAUUUUGCGGAUAUAUAUGGUUUUCUAAUUGACAGUGACGUGACUUGCAUUACACAGUAAUAAACAUGUAUUCAACCGCGCACGUAUACACACAGGAAAUAAUUUCCAAGUUUAAUUUUGUUAAAAAAUGCCCCUGUUAAUACAGCAUAAUUUAUUUCACAUAAAUUGACUCCGUAUUUGUUUUUGUGGACGAUCAUUAUUGCCUUCCAUUUGAAUGCAAUGGCCAAAUAAAAUGAUGAUUGGCGUUAUGAUCUCACCUUUGCCACCAAUGCCUGGGCAGUGCCAACCUCGGUUCAAAUUCGAACUUCUCCAUGUCUGGUUCCCAAGUCAAUUGCUCGAAAUCAACAAGUUUGCACGUUGGGGAGCCAUUCUGAUUUGUUGUUAUAAAGCUCGUCCCCAGUUAUUGCAAUUUGAAACCGAGGUUGGAUAACUGUAGGGUUUGAUCACAGUAUUCUGCACAUUCACUUUUCUUUAUACAUUCUGCAAAAUGGCGAUUCCGUGGAUUAAACUGUACACCAUUACUGGCAGUUUUAUGUAGGAAUAUAUUAUUCGCCUGCAGAAUACUAAAAUUGGAUUCAUUUCAAUAAAUUAUGGCAGCUACUGCUUCAAACUGUAAAGAUUG